CCACCUCCAAUCCUCCACUGGCGAAGUCAAUCUGAAUGUGGUAAUAAACUCGUGCAGAUCAAGCCGGACUUUUCAGUGAAUCUAGUCAGCGGCGGCCGCUCCUACUUGCCGCGCCGCUUAAAGUGGCCAUGGACCGUGCCGUUGCCUGCGCGACUUCGUCUUGUCUGCUGCUCAUCACUUGCCACAAGGUGCUGGAGAUGUUCGUGGUCGAGGACAAGGCCGGCGCCAUCGCGGUGAUGCUGGCGUCGCUGCUGCUGCUGGGCACCUGGCCGGCGCUGCUCACGCUGCUGGAGCGCCGGGGCCGGCUGCCGCAGCACACCUACCUGGACUACUCGCUGACCAACUUCCUCGCCGCCGUGCUCAUCGCGCUCACCUUCGGCCAGCUCGGGGCCGGCGAGCCCGACUUCUUCGCGCAGCUCAGCCAGGAUAACUGGCCCUCGGUGAUGUUCGCCAUGGCCGGCGGCGUGGUGCUCAGCGUCGGGAACCUGUCGACGCAGUAUGCCUGGGCGUAUGUGGGUCUCUCCGUGACCGAGGUCAUCAGCUGCAGCAUGGUGGUGGUCAUAGGCACGACGCUGAACUACUUCCUGGACAACCGCAUCAACAGGGCGGAGAUACUCUUCCCCGGCGUGGCGUGCUUCCUCAUCGCCGUCAUCCUCGGCUCCGCUGUCCAUGCCUCCAAUGCAGCUGACAACAAGGAAAAACUUAGGGCAAGUGGAAUCGAGGAGCCAAGCAAAGAAGUACUUGACAAAGAUGCUCCCAAGGACUUGGAGGAUGGAUCCUCUGGAGCUAAGCAUGCCCCCAGCAGCAAAGCUGAGGCAGGCACUGCAGAAUACCUCAUCCAGCUCGAAGAGCGGCGUUCGAUCAAGGUAUCCAGGUCGAGCACCUUCUUCGGUCUUGGGAUAGUCUUCUUCUCCGGCGUGUGCCUGUCGCUCUUCUCCCCGGCGUUCAACCUGGCCACCAACGACCAGUGGCACGCCCUCCCCGGCGGCGUGCCGCACCUAGCGGUCUACACCGCCUUCUUCUACUUCUCCAUCUCGUGCUUCAUCAUCAACGUCGGCCUCAACAUCCUGUUCCUCUACCGGCCGAUGGCCGGCGCGCCCGAGUCCUCCCUCAGGGCCUACCUCAGCGACUGGAAAGGCCGGCAGUGGGCGCUCCUCGCCGGCCUGCUCGGUGGCUUCGGCAACGGGCUCCAGUUCAUGGGCGGCCAGGCUGCUGGCUACGCUGCUGCUGAUGCUGUUCAGGCAUUGCCUCUUGUGAGCACAUUCUGGGGCGUCCUGCUGUUCGGGGAGUACCGGAAGUCGUCGCGGAGAACCUACAUCCUGCUCGGGCUCAUGCUGUUCAUGUUCGUCGCCGCCGUCGCCGUGCUCAUGGCCUCGUCAGGUCACAGGGGCAACAAGUGAUCACCGCUCCCUGUGUUUUCCAAAUGCUGCUCAUCGUGUGUUUGCAAGAGCAAACUAUUACCCUUGCCAACAGGAUGCAAAGAAAUUCAGACAACAAGGCAAGGGACCCUGCUUCAGGAACCAACCAACAAGGCGAAUUCGAUUCGUGAUGUUUUCAAUAGAAUGGGGAUUUAAAUAAAAAAUGCUUGUGGUGUGGUUCCAUGAAAGCAUAAAAAGUGUAGGACUAUAUGUAUAAUAGUUUUUUCUUUCUGUUCUUUCCAAAGACUAUUUGGAGCAGAUAUGAUGAUAGUAACUGAAGUUGUUCCGGGAGUUUCUCAGUAUGCUUCUCGGAUUCGUGCAGUUCAUCAUGCAACAUUAAGAGGCAAAUGCAAGGAACCAUAAAUAUGUCUUC